CUGUGACGUUUUUCAGUCAGUUGGAAUAGAUUGUGGUGUUCGUACGCUUUUUAUUUGUUUUAUAUUUAAAAAUCUAAAAAAUUCAUCGAGGAAAUAUCGUAGAUAUGUCUUUUGUUCGCAUAAUUGGAUCUGAGAUGCGUUCAGCUGUUGCUCGUCGCAUGUUCUCAAGCAGCACUGCACCAACGACGAAACUCUUUAUCGAUGGCAAAUUUGUUGAAUCGAAAACAACCGAAUGGCUUGAUUUACACGAUCCAGCCACCAAUGAAGUGGUCACCCGUGUGCCAAAAUCAACACAAAGUGAAAUGUUGGCUGCAGUUGAAUCGGCCAAAGCGGCAUACAAAUCAUGGAGUCAAACAUCGAUAUUGACACGUCAACAAGUUAUGUUUAAAUUGGCCCAAAUAAUUCGCUCAAAUAUGAAACUCUUGGCCGAAAAUAUCACAAAAGAACAGGGAAAGACAUUAAUCGAUGCUGAAGGAGAUGUACUGAGAGGAUUGCAGGUUGUUGAACAUAUGUGCAGUAUUACUAGUCUUCAAAUGGGCGAAGUGGUGAACAACAUUGCAAAAGAUAUGGAUACAUAUUCAUUAACACUUCCGCUAGGUGUAACAGCUGGUAUCAUCCCAUUCAAUUUUCCGGCUAUGAUUCCACUUUGGAUCUUCCCCACAGCUAUUACUUGCGGAAAUACAAGCAUAUUAAAACCGAGCGAGCGUGAUCCAGGCGCCACGAUGCUUUUGAUGGAAAUGUUGAACGAGGCCGGCUGCCCGCCAGGUGUUGUAAAUGUCAUUCAUGGUACACAUGAUUCGGUGACAUUUAUUUGUGAUAAUCCCGAUAUCAAGGCAGUGUCAUUCGUCGGUUCCGAUCAGGCUGGUAAAUAUAUUUACGAACGUGCAAGCCGCAAUGGAAAACGUGUUCAAUGCAAUAUGGGCGCAAAGAAUCAUGGUGUCAUUAUGCCAGAUGCUAACAAAGAGAAUACAUUAAAUCAAUUGGCUGGUGCUGCAUUUGGUGCGGCUGGACAACGGUGUAUGGCCUUGUCGACGGCAGUAUUUGUCGGUGAGGCAAACAAUUGGAUUGAAGAUUUGGUGAAACGUGCAAAAAGCCUAAAGGUUAAUGCUGGACAUGUGGCUGGCACUGAUGUGGGUCCGGUCAUUAGUCCACAAUCAAAACAACGCAUUCACAAUUUAAUCGAGUCGGCCAAUAAAGAAGGUGCCAAAAUUAUUCUCGAUGGUCGAAACGUCAAAGUACCCGGAUAUGAAAAUGGAAAUUUCGUCGGACCAACAAUUAUAACAAAUGUUAAACCGUCAAUGGAGUGCUACAAAGAGGAAAUUUUCGGUCCGGUUUUGGUUUGCUUGUCGGCUGAUACUUUGGAUGAAGCUAUUGAUAUUGUGAACAAUAAUCCUUAUGGUAAUGGAACUGCCAUAUUUACAAACAAUGGCGCUACGGCUCGUAAAUUUGUUAAUAAAAUCGACGUAGGACAAGUCGGCGUAAACGUGCCCAUCCCCGUGCCUUUGCCUAUGUUCAGUUUCACCGGCACUCGAGGUAGUUUCUUAGGCGAUAACCACUUUUACGGUAAACAAGGCAUUAAAUUUUACACACAAACCAGAACUGUCACCCAAUUGUGGCGUGAAAGUGAUGUCACUCAUACAAAAUCGGCCGUUGCAAUGCCAACUAUGAAAUAAAGUUCUAAAUUGGAGCUUCCACUUGAAAUCGAUUGAAAAUAUUCCAAUCAUUCUAAAGUAUUCCAAAGAAAACAAAACAUUACAAAGAUGGAUAAAGAGAUUUUGAUAUAUUUUUCGUUUAAAUGUCAUUUCAAAUUUCCAUAUUUGUAAUAUUGUCAGGUUGAAAAAAAGGGAAAAAGUACAUGUAAAUUUGGUAUGAAUUCAAUAAAAAAUGGGAAUGCAAAUAAGUCAA